CUGCUGAUCCCGUGGCGAUUUUUCCGGCUUUGGGCCAUACUUGAUGGGAUCGAUCCUCCGGAAAACAUGGUCCGCUGUAUGGCUAAUAACUAUUCGGUCCUGGGCUUUUGGAGAAGUUGGCAUCGCAGUUACAACCUCUGGAUCGUCAGAUAUAUUUAUAUACCGUUAGGUGGAACGAAGAACCUGAAGUUUACGACAGUCCUCGUUUUCUCAUUUGUAGCCCUCUGGCACGAUCUGUCCUUCCGCCUUCUUGCUUGGGGGUGGCUUGUUAGUCUUUUCAUCCUGCCUGAAAUUGCCGCUCGCUAUUUUCUCACAGAAAAAGAGUGUGGCGACAGAUGGUGGUAUCGCCACCUUUGUGCGAUCGGCGGAGUCUUCAACAUUCUCAUGAUGAUGACUGCGAACCUCAUCGGCUUUGUCAUGGGGACAGAAGGUGUAUCAUAUCUCCUCGGCCGCCUGGUCUCCGGCUGGGAAGGUGUCCAGUUCCUCCUGUUCACAUGUAUGUGCAUCUUCGUUACAGUGCAGUUCAUGUUCGAGUAUAGCAGGGAAGAGGAGAUGCGCAGGGGCAUUUGCCGUCGCUGUUGA